AUGAACUCGGAUAUGUCAAGGAUGGACGUCUUGAGUUUGACUGCAAACUCAGGCUCUCAAUCAACCGCGUCUCACCACGCUCACCCCUACGCCCUCUCCUCCGCCUCGUCGUCCUCUUCCUCCGUCUUCUCCCUCGACUGUAACUCCUCCAUCGCCUCCAUCUCCUCCGCCUCCUCCGCCUCCUCCGCGUCGACCGCCCCCUCCAACCCCGAUGUGUGGCACAAUGAGGGAAACAGUCAAAGAAGCACCAGAACUAGCUCCCGGUCUUGUAAAGGAUCUGCCCCUAAAGAUGGUGUAGUGCCGUCCGAGUUGCGCACGCAUCCUCGACGCACUAACAGUUAUGCCUCUAGCGCUCCUAGUGCGCGGCCUCCGCCUUGUCUGCUUCGGCAGUCGGAGCGGAAAGUCAACUUUGUCGAUAAUCUCGUCGAUACCGCGUCACAGAUCGUGGAGAUCAUUUGGCCUCUGUCCGCCGCAGCAUCCCGCAGUGAUGCCGCGACGGGAACCAAAGGCGUUCUCCCCCUUCGCAUCUUCAUCCAGGAAACACUCCGUCGCUCACGGACUAGCUAUAGUACCCUGCAAGUGGCUUUGUAUUAUUUGAUUAAAAUUAAGCCCCAUGUGCCCACGCAUGACUUUACCAAGGAACAGCCUCGGGAUCAGUCACUGUUGCGGGCCAUGCAGUGUGGGCGUCGCAUGUUCCUGGCAGCGCUGAUUCUCGCUUCCAAGUAUCUGCAGGACCGCAACUAUUCCGCUCGUGCCUGGAGCAAGAUUUCCGGUCUUAACACACUGGAAAUCAAUCAGAAUGAACUGAUGUUCCUCAAGGCCGUCGGAUGGCGCCUGCACAUCGACGAAGCGACGUUCCAGCGCUGGACCGAUCUGGUCUUGAAGUUGACGCCGGGUGCCGGUGGUGCUCCGGUGGCGGAAGGUCAGUGUUGGCAGACAGUCCUUCCCAGACUUACUCCUGAACUGGACUCGGUAGAGUCAGAGCCGAUGACCCCGGCGCCUGCGAUGGAGAGGGACCUCGCCUUGUCCGAGUCUCCCUCGCCUCGCAGUGUGCCGAACGAGUCUCUCUCGCGCGAGCGGACCUUCUGUCCUCGGGGUCUUCCCCGACCACUGGAGCCGACCCCGCGUAUGGAGCUUCCGAGUCUGGCUCUGCCUGCGAUGCCACGUCCUUCCAUGCUUCCUACUCCUCAGAUGACCCCUCAAUCCCAGGUGGCCGGCACUCCCGCUGCGAGUGCGGCUGCUUACACCUGUCGCUCAGCUCUCAGUGCAGAAUGCGUGCAUGGCGCGAUCGACUCUCGAUCAGCGCCCCCUCUGUCAUACUGCCCUCGGUCUCAGUCGUUUGAUGGCUACCCGGCUACUGUUCGUCGGUCAUCUUUGGCUCGCUCGACCUCUUCGGCUUCGUCUCCCGAAUCUAUGGUGUCGGAUGUCUCCACCCUGUCGUCUCGCUCCUCGCGGUCGUCGUCGGUUUCAUCAAAUGCCUCGGGAUCCGGUGGUACUGCAUCCGCUCGUUUGGCCGUCAAGGCCACCUUGCGGUGCACAAUGCAAGAGUCUCGGAAGGUCAUGGCUAUCGCUUCCCCCAUUGAAGAGACUUCUCGAGUUGGCGUCUACAGCUCUCCUGAGUACCCUAGCUCUAUGGGUGUCUCCGUCCCAGAUCUGUCAGCAUUCACCCUGGAUUCCAGUUUGAAUGAAGCCGCUCAGAGUCUCUGUGAACUUUCCGGUGCUACGCCCGAACGGCGCCAGUGCCGGAAACGUGGACGCACUGGUUCUGAGGAUCUUCUGCUUCAGAACCAUGUGCGCCACCUGAUGAAUCUCGGUGCCUCCGGUAAACACACCGUGCUGCCCGAUGGUCAAACACCGCACUCGUUUAUGAUGCCACAUGAGAAUAAUUCCAUCUCCCAGCGAACUGGUCCCGUCUCAGGACCUGUCGGCAUGAAACGUGCCUGCUGCGGCAGUGAAGCACGCAAGGUCGCUAUGAACCCGACUCUACGCGUUGCUGAGUUCUUGAAUUAA